AUGUUGAUGUCCUAAACUAAAUAAUGAUAGAAUGGGGUAAACUCUCUCCCCUAGCACUUCUUGUUGUUCAGAUCCCAAUUGACAACAUCAGAGAUGAGUUCACCCUAAGCCCCGAGACUCCCCGAUCCCGUUGAUUUCAUUAUGGCUUGCAUCAAGGGGGUGGGGAGAUCCGCCUCCGUGGCUCUGGCUCCCGACGCUCCUUACAUGGCGGCCGGAACCAUGGCCGGAGCGGUGGAUCUGUCCUUUAGUUCUUCGGCCAACCUGGAGAUAUUCAAGCUGGAUUUCGAGUCUGACGAUCGCGAAUUGACACUGGUGGGGGAAAUAAGCAGCUCGGAGCGCUUCAAUAGAGUGGCAUGGGGAAGAAACGGAUCUGGUUCAGAGGAAUUCUCCAUGGGUCUAAUUGCGGGCGGGCUUGUGGAUGGAAAUAUAGAUCUCUGGAAUCCGCUUUCUCUAACCGGUUCCAAGUCCAGUGAAAAUGCACUCGUUGGACAUCUUUCAGUUCACAAAGGGCCCGUUCGUGGUCUUGAGUUCAAUGCUUUCACCCCAAAUCUACUCGCCUCUGGCGCUGAUGAUGGUGAAAUUUGCAUUUGGGAUUUAACUAAGCCUUCUGAGCCUUCUCAUUUUCCACUUCUCAAGGGUACUGGUUCUGCUACUCAAGGUGAAAUCUCCUUUAUUUCGUGGAACAGAAAAGUUCAACAGAUAUUAGCCUCUACCUCCUACAAUGGGACUACUGUAAUAUGGGACUUGAGGAAGCAGAAGCCGAUAAUUAACUUUGCAGAUUCUGUUCGACGUCGGUGCUCUGUUUUACAAUGGAACCCUGACAUUGCUACUCAGAUAAUGGUCGCAUCAGAUGACGACAGUUCACCUACUCUCAAGCUCUGGGACAUGAGGAAUACAAUGUCACCUGUGCGCGAGUUUACUGGACACCAAAAAGGUGUGAUUGCAAUGGAGUGGUGUCCAAGUGACAGUUCAUAUCUUCUUACCUGUGCUAAAGACAACCGAACUAUUUGCUGGGACACUAAUACAGCAGAGAUUGUAGCCGAGUUACCUGCUGGCAACAAUUGGAAUUUUGAUGUUCAUUGGUACCCAAAGAUUCCUGGAGUUAUAUCAGCAUCUUCAUUUGAUGGGAAAAUUGGCAUCUACAACAUCGAGGGUUGCAGUCGCUAUGGUGCUGAAGAGAAUACUUUUGGUACUGCUCCUUUAAGAGCACCAAAAUGGUAUAAGCGCCCAGUUGGUGCAUCCUUUGGAUUUGGGGGAAAACUUGUAUCCUUUCAUGCAAAGGCCCCAGUGAAGGGUGCCUCAGGCAUUCCAUCUGAGCUUUUUCUGCACAGCCUGGUGACAGAACAGAGUUUGGUGAGUCGAACUUCUGAAUUUGAUGCCGCAAUAGAAAAUGGUGAUAAGACUUCUCUACGGGGUUUGUGUGAGAAGAAAUCUGAAGAGACUGAAUCCGAAGAGGAGAAGGAGACAUGGGGCUUGCUGAAAAUCAUGUUCGAAGAUGAAGAAACUACAAGGACAAAGUUGAUCAGCCAUCUCGGCUUUAGUUUGCCUUCUGUGGAAAAGGAUCAGGCAGUGGAAGGGCUCUCGUCAGAUCUAAAUGGCAUUGGAUUAGAGGAUACUGCGGCGCAUGCACUGGAGCCUUUGGAAACUAACGAGGCAGCUGCUUUUGCUAUGGACAAUGGAGAAGACUUCUUUAACAACUUUCCUGCUAAACCUGAUACACCUGUAUCUACUGCAUCUGCCAAAGAUUUUACGCCUCCUGAGGCAGAUUUUACUGGCAAAUUAGAAGAAACCCAAGAAAUGCCAGAAGAAGAGGAAGAAAGUUCUGACCUAGUAUUUGAUGAUGCUAUCCAGCGUGCUUUAGUUGUUGGAGAUUACAAGGAAGCGGUGGAUCAGUGUAUAUCUGCAAAGAAGAUGGCUGAUGCUUUAGUUAUUGCUCAUGUUGGUGGUACAUCUUUGUGGGAGAGCACUCGUGAGAAAUAUCUAAAGACAAGCAGGGCACCUUACAUGAAGGUUGUUGCUGCGAUGGUAAACAACGAUCUCACGAGCCUUAUCUAUACAAGGUCACACAAGUUCUGGAAAGAAACUCUUGCCCUCCUCUGUACUUUUGCACAAGGAGAACAAUGGGCCACCCUGUGCGAUGUACUUGCCUCAAAGUUGAUGGAUGCUGGUAACACUUUGGCUGCAGUCCUGUGCUACAUUUGUGCAGGAAAUGUUGACAGAACAGUAGAAAUUUGGUCAAGGAGCCUUGCAAACGAGCGUGAUGGAAGAUCUUACGCUGAGCUUCUUCAAGAUCUUAUGGAGAAGACUCUUGUUCUUGCUUUGGCAACUGGGAACAAAAAGUUCAGCGCAUCUCUUUGUAAACUCUUUGAGAGUUAUGCUGAGAUAUUGGCCAGCCAAGGGCUUCUUACAACGGCAAUGAAGUACUUGAAAGUUUUGGAUUCUGGUGGCUUGUCACCUGAACUUUCUAUAUUACGUGAUCGUAUUUCCCUCUCUGCAGAACCUGAGACUAACACUGCAGCUUCAGGCAACAUUCAGCUUCAAAGCACCAUACCAUAUAAUCAGGAGCCAACGCAGGCGCAACCAAACAUUAUCAGUAACCCAUAUGAUAAUCAGUAUCAACAACCAUACACCGAUUCUUAUGUUGGAGGAUAUGUGCCCCCAGCUUCACAUCCACCAAUGCAACAAGCAACCAUGUUUAUGCCUCACCAAGCUCAGCCAGCACCGCAGCCAUCAUAUCCUCCGGGGCCUGCAAGCAAUGCUCAGCCAUCCAUGAGAACUACUUUUGUUCCUUCAACUCCCCUUGCACUGAAGAACGCAGACCAAUAUCAGCAGCCAACCAUUGCUUCUCAUUCAUUCACCGGACCAUCUAACAAUGCAUACCCCGUUCCUCCUGGUACUGGUUCAUAUGCAUCUUCUGGCCCUUCACAAAUUGGGCAAUAUCCUAACCCCAAGAUGCCCCAAGUAGUUGGUCCAGGAGCUGGACCCAUAGGAUUUACACCUAUGUCAACUCCAGGAGUUGUUCCAAGAUCUGUUAUAGGUUCUGUGCAACCAGCAAGUCCUCAAACACAGCAGGCAGCCCCUGCCCCUGCAGCUCCGCCACCAACUGUUCAGACUGCAGAUACUUCCAACGUCCCAGCGCACCAGAAACCUGUGAUAGCAACAUUGACGAGGCUUUUCAAUGAGACAUCGGAAGCACUGGGAGGCGCACGUGCAAAUCCUACCAAGAAGCGUGAGAUAGAAGACAACUCAAGAAAAUUAGGUGCUCUGUUUGUGAGACUGAAUAGCGGAGACAUCUCCAAGAAUGCUGCCGACAAACUUGCACAGCUCUGCCAUGCGCUGGACAAUCAGGACUUCGGUGCAGCCCUUCAGAUACAGGUACUUCUGACGACCAGCGAAUGGGAUGAAUGCAACUUCUGGCUUUCGACAUUGAAGCGGAUGAUCAAAGGCAGGCAAAAUAUGCGGUGAUUGUUGUUUUUUUUUUUUUGUCUUCAUUUCUGGGUCGGUAAAAUUAUAAAUCCACAGGAGAGACGUAUGUAUCAGACUCCUUUUGCUUUCUUUAUUUUUUUUGUUCUCUUUUAGAACGCUGCUGCUGUUCCAGUCUUUUUUUUCUUCUUUUAUAUAUACAUUUAUGAACUCAAUUACCCAAAUUUGUUUAAGAUAAAGAUAGAAUCAGAUUGCUUCA